AUGUCGACAAGAGAAGCCCAAUACACUGCUUUCCAGCUUACUCCGAAAACCCACCCGCACCUCCAUCACCCAGCCCACUCCCAGAUCCACCAGUUUAACCAACAACCUACGAAUCAAUACACCGCACACUCUACGCAACUGGGCCCCUCUCCCGGAACUCCUCCUUCUCCAUUAACCGCAAACCAAUGCAUUCCUCAAUCAAACCAUUCAAACAUAACCACUUCCCUCUCGACAAUGUCCACCAACACAAUCCCCACUUCCCUCCCCACUCCUCCCACAAUCCCCACCUCUCUCACCUCUAAUUGUCAACCCACAACCGCUACUACUCCAACCGCUUUUGAUUUGCACGAGGUCAUAGCCCAGUUCCAUCAACAGCCCGAAUUACUAAAACUAAUUCUAUCUGCAAAAGUCGAAGAAGACAAGCGCAAAGCUGAAGAGGCAAGACUCAGAAUGAAAGAAAUAGAAGCUCUACAAUCGCGCGACAGGCAUAGAAGAACGUCCUCGUACGUUAAUGACGGAUCAUCCGACGCUAAAAUAGAGGAACAUAAUGGAGAGAUCGGUUACAACACGCAGGCUGCAACGCUCACAUAUCAAUCGGCCUUUAAUGGUCUCACAUCUCCCCAAAUCCAAAACCUAUCUCUCGAUUCGGCUCCGCCAUCAUCAGCCACCGGACAAGAGACGCUAGAACACGGCGACAGCGAUCUUUCAUCGCCGCAAAACAAACGUAAACGCAAACGUCGAGAAAUGUUACCCGUAACAAUGAUCAUCGAAACAAAAGAAUACCCUUACGUAGAUGAUUAUCUGUGGAAAAACAAUGGGAACACGACCCAAAAAAAGACAGGAUGCAAGAGCGUUUAUUAUAAAUGCUCGAAUAGCAACAAAGGGUGUCCGGUGAACAAGACGGUCACGGAAAAGGAUGGUGGUUGGAUUAUCAAGUACAGGGGUCAGCAUUUGGAAGAUUGUGGAAAGAUUCGAAGGAUUGUUCAAGCCUGA